UGUUUCUUCUAUUGUUACGUCAAAUUGUUAUCCUUCACAACACAAUAACUGAGUUUCCCCAGUGGACAGCUUUUGUUGGGAACAUUGUUAUUAUGGACCCAGUGACUACGCUAUCUUAAACGUUGACGCACGCAAUCCGAUAUAUAGAUGUUGGCAGUACUCGGGGGAUCUCCACAACCCCGAUCGCGUGGGAUCUUUGACCCGACAUCCGGGCGAUUCGUUGACUUUUUAACAAGGAAGCCGGUUGCUGAAAUCACCAACGAGGAAUACUUAGAGAGGUUACGAAUGGUGCAUUGUCCACAGUUCGGAACAAAACCAAAAUCAGAGAACUCUUUCAACCUAAACAAUGGAAGCCUAGAUACAGAAGUCAAUACUACCCCGCCCAGCAGUAGUGACAAUUUAACAACGAAAUGGGGGAGCUAUAUGCCAUAUUCUAGUAAUACAGAUGUAACACCCCAAGCUGAGCAGAGAAAAGCUAAGCAGCGGAAAGCUCCACUCGAGGCUGAGCAGAAGAAAGAGGCUUCAGAGGCUGAGCAAAAGACAGAGGCUUCAGAGGCUGAGCAAAAUAAAGAUGCUUCAGAGGCUGAGCGAAAGACAGAGGCUUCAGAGGCUGAGCGAAAGACAGAGGCUUCAGAGGCUGAGCGAAAGACAGAGGCUUCAGAGGCUGAGCGAAAGACAGAGGCUUCAGAGGCUGAGCGAAAGACAGAGGCUUCAGAGGCUGAGCGAAAGACAGAGGCUUCAGAGGCUGAGCGAAAGACAGAGGCUUCAGAGGCUGAGCGAAAGACAGAGGCUUCAGAGGCUGAGCGAAAGACAGAGGCUUCAGAGGCUGAGCGAAAGACAGAGGCUUCAGAGGCUGAGCGAAAGACAGAGGCUUCAGAGGCUGAGCGAAAGACAGAGGCUUCAGAGGCUGAGCGAAAGACAGAGGCUUCAGAGGCUGAGCGAAAGACAGAGGCUUCAGAGGCUGAGCGAAAGACAGAGGCUUCAGAGGCUGAGCGAAAGACAGAGGCUUCAGAGGCUGAGCGAAAGACAGAGGCUUCGGAGGCUGAGCGAAAGACAGAGGCUUCAGAGGCUGUGCGAAAGACAGAGGCUUCAGAGGCUGAGCGAAAGACAGAGGCUUCAGAGGCUGAGCAGAAGGAAAUCACGACGAGGAACAAACGGUGGUACAACUUCAUCUACAAAAAGGAAUACAUAUAUGACCCAAUCUGGUACAAGUACAGAAAAGCAAAGUCAUUAUGGGAUGGCAUACUUACACGUAAACCGGACCAGUCCACUACUCGCACCCUACUUACUAGCAGCACACCGUCAUCCACAUCCAGGGGCAUGACCGAAUCGUUACCGGCAAUGACGUCACGAUCUCGCGAGGAUUGCAUGGACGGAAUCAAACCCCAGGAUUACCCGGACAGACAAAAGGAUAAGAGGAAAUACACAUUGCUGAGUCUUCUGUGCUGCUGUCGACAGCAGGUUAAUGGUUAAUCUGGGAUAUUAACCAUUUUCAGACACCAAUAUCGCAAAACGAUCUAUGAUGAAUUUGAAGUAUCUUUAUUAGAAAAAGGUCUUAUAUAUCAAACAUGUUGCAACCAUGUCUCAUUUAAAGUCACAAAAAAUUAGAACAGAAAUAAAGAAUCAACUUUAUCAUAUUCCG